AUCUUAGGCGCAUGCGCUGCCCUCACUAACGGAAGUGACAUUCUCUAGAGGUCGGAGAAGGAAGGCGCCCGGCAAAAUGUGUCUGCCUUCCUCCUCAUUUUGAUAGCUUAAAGCAGUACAGGCUAAAUACGAAGUUUAUGGAAUUCAACGAAGAAGUCUCAAUGAUACAGUCAGUCUCUCCGAUUAUACCGCUGGAUUUAAAAAGCACACCAAGAUGUCGGGGGACACCAGUACUCAGGACGGAAAUGGGACUGCUGGCAGGGUCAUUCGGAUUGGAACCAGAAAGAGUCAGCUGGCUCGCAUCCAGACUGACAGUGUGGCUGAGAAGCUAAAGGAGCUCAAUCCCAAUGUCCACUUGGAAAUAGUUGGCAUGUCAACAAUAGGAGAUAAAAUCCUGGACACAGCUUUAUCGAAGAUUGGAGAAAAGAGCCUUUUCACUAAAGAGCUGGAGAAUGCACUUGAGAGAAACGAGGUGGACUUGGUAGUGCACUCACUGAAGGACCUGCCCACCACACUGCCCCCAGGUUUCACUAUUGGAGCCGUGCUCAAGCGUGAAAAUCCACACGAUGCUGUGGUCCUGCAUCCAAAGCAUGCUGGGAAAACGCUGGAAACUCUGCCAGACAAGAGUGUGGUAGGCACCAGUUCUCUUCGGCGUGCAGCACAGCUGAAGAGGCGGUUCCCUCACCUGGAGUUUAAAGACAUUCGAGGAAACCUCAACACUCGACUGAAGAAGCUGGAUGAGAAGGACGACUACGCCGCCAUCAUACUCGCGACGGCGGGGCUGCGACGCAUGGGUUGGGACAGCCGCGUGAGCCAGAUACUGGGCCCUGAAGACUGCAUGUAUGCUGUUGGGCAGGGGGCGCUGGCAGUUGAGGUGAGGGCGAGAGACCGGGACAUCCUGGAGAUGGUGUCCGUCAUGCACGACCACGACACUGUGCUGCGCUGCAUCGCCGAGAGGGCCUUCAUGCGACAGCUGGAAGGGGGCUGCAGUGUACCUGUCGCAGUGCACACAGAAAUCAAGGACUUGCAGCUGUACCUGACUGGCGCUGUGUACAGCCUCGACGGCUCAGACAGCCUGAAGGAGACCAUGCAGACCAGCAUUGAGCCGGGCAAUGAGGUGGAGGACGAGGAGGUGGACGCGAGCGUCCAGCGGGUGGGGGUCACCGCCAGCAACGUGUCGAGGGCGGCCCAGGACGCGGCCGAGAAGCUGGGGGUGGAGCUGGCCAAGCUGCUGCUCAGCAAAGGGGCCAGGGACAUCCUGACCGUCGCCAGGCAACUCAACGACGCGCGCUGACGUGUCCCGGCCCCUGGUGCAGGACAGACCGACCCGGCUGCGUACGCCCCUGCGUGGCCGGGACCAGUCGCAGUCCGCCACCUCUCCCUCUUCAGCUUUUAGGAACAUAAAAUCAGUGGCCUUCACUGAUGCCAGUAAAUCCAGGGAGAGUGUCUGGUUGGACGACAGUCUGCCAUGUGAGGCCCCUCUAUUUGGACUUGGUGCGAAUAUCAAAAACUCACGCACAUGUUGACUUCUAGAUCGCUUCAAAUUAAUGGCAGACUUAAUGCAAGACAUUUAAUUUUCCAAAGCGUGUAUGGUUUUCCUCCUUCAAGCUUACAAGUUUCCACAUAUUCUCCUCCGUGUGGACCUCCCCAUUAUCUGCCUCCCAUUCGCAGUAAUGACGUGGAACGCUGAUCACGUGAGAGAGCCAGCCUAGCACAUGAGAACCUGACGUGUGCACGCCUUUAAAUGGUACACGCACCUGAGAAACACUGGAUAUUUUAUUUAACUGUUGCAAUUAGCUGCAACUUCAUACUUUCUUGAAAUUUCCGGUCCGGCAAAAUGCAGUGCGAGUGAGGCUUUUGCUCCCACUGUGCGAAUGUGCUGAGAUUGGUCUGAAAUACUCUAUAUGAAUAUUAUGCUUAUUAUUAUUUCGCUCACCACCUUGCUGUACUUUCAGUGUCAGGUUGGUGCACGUGCACGAUUUUACAGGAAAGGUUAUUUCUGUAAAUGAGGAAAGGUGAUGGUUGUAAAUUAGCUGUGUGACAAAGAGCAAAGUUAACGUGACUUGAAGCCGAUGCACUUCAAAUUCCACGC